UUUGUCUUUUCUUUCAUUCCCAGCAGUCAGGUCUUUGUGGCAUCACCGAAUAUACUGCAUCAGCAUGACUCUAGAAAACAUUCCGCAAGGCCAGGCCGUGACCGUGAGCCUGAAGGAGUUGAUCGAUGGAACCAUAACCUUCCCCACGCUAACCGAAGCCUUCGGCCCCUCCUCCCUGGGGAUCAUCAUCGUCAAAGACCUCCCGGAAAACUUCGCCCACCUGCGCGCCCAAGUCCUCUCGAACGCCUCGUACCUCGCCGCGCUCCCGGCGGACGAACUCGAAGCCCUGACGUGCGCCCCGGCCAAAUACCUCGUGGGCUGGUCGCACGGCAAGGAGACCCUGCGCCCGGGGGUCCACGACACCCACAAGGGCAGCUACUACCUCAACUGCGCCUUCCACCAGUCGGCGGACCUGCAGGGGGCGCCCGCCGCCGACCACCCGGACCUACCGGAGUACACGGCGCCGAACAUCUGGCCCGCGGGCGCGCGGCUGCCCAGCUUCGAGCCCAGCGUCCGCGAGCUGUGCAGCAUGAUCAUCGACACGGCGGCGCUGGUGGCGCGGGCGUGCGACCGCUUCGCGGCCGAGAACGUCGACGGCUAUGUGCCUGGGUAUCUGGAGAAGGUGGUGCGGGGCAGUUUGACGACCAAGGCGCGGUUGUUGCACUACUUCCCGACCCAGCCCGGUGUCCAGGAUGAGGGGGAUGAUGAUGAUGAUGACUGGUGCGCCACGCACCUCGAUCACAGCUGUUUGACGGGGUUGACGUCGGCGAUGUUUGUGGAUGAGGCCGACCAGGACCUUGCAGCCCCUCAAAACCCGCUGGAGGAGCUGGCCGCGUCGCCUGAUCCCUCCGCCGGACUGUAUAUCAAGUCCCGCACCGGCCAGAUCGUCAAGGUCAAUAUCCCCCGGGAUUGUUUGGCGUUUCAGACGGGCGAGGCGCUGCAGUUGAUUACCAGGGGCCAGUUCCGCGCGGUGCCGCAUUUUGUGAAGGGCGCCAGGAAAGGGUUGGAGGGCCGGAGCAUCGCCAGGAAUACGUUGGCGGUGUUCACGCAGCCGAAUUUGGAGGAGGAGGUGCAGCCGGGGGUUUCUUUUGCGGAUUUUGCGCGGGGGGUGGUGGCGCGGACUUAUUAGGGGGGUUUUAUU